AUGUUUACUUCGCCAGAGGAAGUAGUCCCUUCGCCCGGUGAAUGGCCAGUGGACCCCCAGGAAGAUGUCCCAAUCUCAGAGCAUCGUCUCUGGGUAGAUGGAUGUUUCGAUUUCAGUCAUCAUGGACACGCGGGGGCCAUGCUCCAAGCCCGCAAAUUGGGCAAUGAACUCUGUGUCGGGGUUCAUUCUGAUGAAGCAAUCCUGGAGAAUAAAGGUCCUACGGUGAUGACUUUACAAGAACGUGUAGCGGCGGUGGAAGCAUGUCGCUGGGUAACUCGCUGUGUGCCGCAUGCUCCUUACGUUACAUACCUCCCAUGGGUCUCCCAUUAUGGGUGUCAGUAUGUGGUUCACGGGGACGACAUCACUUCCGACAGUGAUGGGAAUGAUUGCUAUCGAUUUGUAAAGGCCGCAGGGCGUUUUCAAGUCGUUAAAAGGACCCCGGGUAUCUCGACCACUGAUCUUGUUGGCCGUAUGCUUCUAUGCACCAAAGGACAUUUCGUCAAGAGUGUACAGAAGACGCUUGCUGGUGAGGAGGGAUCAGGGAGCGAGGAAGAACGCAGGCUAUCAGCUUCUACCCUCAAGCAGCGCAUUUGUGACUAUGCCACGGAUGAGAGUGGCUUACAGCCUGGGCCGCACGUUUGGAUAUGGGAUGGCUCAAGCUCGGCAAAAUCCGACAACACCGUCGAAGAACCAGGGUCCUUUGAAACUCUGGUUGGGGGCAAAUCAUCUAAGCCAGGACAACGAAUUGUUUAUGUGGACGGAGGGUUUGAUCUCUUCUCAUCCGGCCACAUUGAAUUUCUCAGACAGGUUUUAUCGUACGAGGAAGCUGCGGGUCGUGAGCGUGGCUGGUUCGAACCAGAGCAAAGAAAAAAGAGACUCGAUGAAUGCGGAGAAGACUACGGGCCGGCCUACGUUGUUGCCGGUAUUCAUGAUGACGAUGUGAUUAAUCAUUGGAAAGGGCUAAAUUACCCUAUCAUGAACAUAUUCGAACGCGGGCUUUGUGUUCUCCAAUGUCGCUACAUCCACGGCGUCAUAUUUUCUGCCCCAUUCUCACCAAGCGAGCCAUACUUAAGAGCCAUGCCGUUAGGUGUUCCAGAUGUUGUUUACCACGGGCCCACGACUUUUAUACCCCUCACAUAUGACCCUUAUUCUGCUCCCAAGAGAAUGGGCAUAUUCAAGGAAACCAACAAUCAUCUCUUCCAACAUGUGAAUGCUGGUGAGAUAGUUGAGAGAAUAUUGAAGAGUCGUGAAGCCUACGAAGAGCGACAGCGUGCCAAAUUGCAAAAGGGGAUCAUUGAAGAAUUGGAAAAAGCGAAGGAAGCCACAACUUAG